AAUCUGAAGUGAAAAUGUCCUGGAAGUCUUGCUGCAUUUUUAUGGUGUGGUCGGAUGUAGAAGUAUCCAGGUAGUAACAAGCUGAUAAAAACAAUACAGCCUAACAUCACGAGAAGGGUGAACGGGGGAUUUUGUCAACAAGUGAAACGUGACAGCAGUUAUUUGACUCCGAAUUUUCUUCCCUUCUAUUUUCUUUGGUGCCUCUAUUAAACCAAGAAAGUUGGAAAGAGUUUGCAGAAAAGACCUCAUAAAACGCGGGGAGUAUGCCUGAGCGAAGCGCAAAAGGGUCGUUUCCCAUCAACUAUAAAAUGGGAUGCAAAAACCAGAAAGAGCAUCACUUGCUGAUGUUUCUCCCUCAGUUCAAGUCAUCGAAGAAGAGCAGCAUUCCUUGACGUAUUACAGUGAAAAUCUCAUCAAAUCCGAAAUCAGUGCCUACACGGACUUUAUCGUAUCUAAGAAGGUGCUACAAGAAAAUGCGUUCCAUUCUAUCAAUCGCUAUGUUGGUUUGCCUGGUGUCAGCCAUCAACUUUCAGCUGAGCCACAGCAGCAGCAGCGAAAAAGAAUCCGAUUUGAAACUAAAACAACUUAUCGAGUUGGGAUUUGAGGAACUGGAAGAUCUUCCCGACAUACAAUCCGAUGGAACGGACGUCGCUUCUUCGCGGAAGCUGGGUCUGGGUCUCAAAGUCAAGGGUCUUUUCCUCAAGCCGCUGGCCCUAGCAAAAAUCAAAAUCGCCCUUUUGCUUGGCAAACCUCUGGUCCUAACAACUCUUAAAAAGCUUUUACUUAAAGGCUUUCUUGGCAAAUUGUUGCUCAAAAUUCCUCUGAUUUUGCUCGGCACUGGCAAAGCUGGACUGUUGGCUAAGGUGGUAGCCCUUAAAUUUGCCUUGAUCAAGAAGGGUUUGUUUGGAUUAAAGGCCCCACUUGCCCUACUCUUCCUGGGUGGUUUGAUCAAAGUCGCCUUAAAAGGAUCAGGUUUGGGAUUGGCUCUAGGACUCGCCGGAUCUCUUCUAAAGCCAAAUGGACAAAGCGGAGAAGAAUACUAUGAACCUACUAAAGGCUACGCUCCUCCCAAGAUUCCUCCUCCACCCCCUCCUACCUACAACCCACCUACUGUUUAUUCCGCUCCCGUGUAUAGUGCUCCGGUAGUUUAUUCUUCUGUUCCUUUAUACAGUCCAACGCCUUACUUUCAAACUAGCUCAAAUGUUGGCGGAAGUAAUUACGGAUCUGGCCGCAGGAAGCGCAACCUUCAAGAAAACAGCGAUAGCGGAGAAGAAUUCUUCUCCGACGAAUCGGCCGAGGAACUUAGACUAGAAAUCGAAGCUGCUGAGAUUAAUGGACACGCUUAUCUCUACAUGGCCGCUCAAUUUGACGAGCAAUCGUGCGGGCGCCGUCUGUUCUGUGAAGUCUACCAGAAACCCAAAGAAAAUCUCACUGAAGACGAAAAACUAUUGCAGAACAAUUUUGGUUAUCCCUUUCCUUCGUUGAAUGAAGAUGACGAAGGUACUCCUAAGGAAAUGUACUACAGAGCUGCCCAACUUGGCGCCAAUCACCAGGGUCAACCAAACAAUCAAAUCUGCGCUCGUUUUUACGCAACUUGUCCCCAUAAUGCCGAGCAGCUGAUCCACUUUUUCGUCACCGAGGAUGACGAAACCAAUGAAAUUGAAUCAGUUCACAACCGUCCAUUUUCUCAUUUGAAACCACCUAAGCAAUCUGUUGCUAGACUUCCCUUCUACCAACCGAACAACUUUUCUCCUGCCCAACGAUCGGACCCGAUUGAUUUUGAGCCGACUGUUGAUCAAAACCAGACCUACUCAACCACACCAAUCCAAGAUCAAGUUGUUGUUGCUCCUGCUACACAUCUACGCCAGAGAAACAUCACGGUCUCUGACGUUUAAAUUUUCGUUAAAACGAAGUAUUUUUCCUGACACGCUGACUACAUAUUCUUGCAGGUUUGGCUUCUUGUAGUCUCAUUUGUUUUACCGUUUCAUUAUGAUCCAUUUCAAGGUUUCCCUAUAUAGUUUAUUCAAUUUAAAAGUGAUUUAUAUCCAAGAAAUUUAUGGUAAUAUCAAUACAAAUUCUCAAA